UCAGAAGUCCCCACUCAAGUUCAAGGCGUUGCUGGUAAAAUCUGCGUCCGUUUUAACAAUAAAUCUCCGUUGAAUAGAUUUUUACAUUCCUUGAUACGGCAACGUGAAAUCAAAAGCUUGUCAAUACAAUUCCGAACUUAAUGAAUCUAUUUUAAUAAAUCGAAACCCGGUUCGUUAAUAACGGAUUCUGCCAUUAAUGUUUGCUCGGACGCCACGGAUUUCUCCCGGAUAAAUAGAGAUUCUGAUUCUUGACGUUUAAAGCAAUUUAAAAAAUCUAACGCCAUUCGAAGUACAGUACUGCAACGGAAAAAUCGAAACGAAUCGAGGUAACAAUUUUAAUUACGAAUCGAUCCAUUCCUCCUUAUAACAAGCGGAGGAAUCGAACCCCCGGCAAACCAAUCACGAUUUCCUAGGAAUCGAUUCUGGUGGCGUCACGUGGUGGGGGGGGGGGGGAAGCUUCAUUUUUGGCGGGAGAAGCGAAAAGUGAAAGUGGAGGAGGCUCCCAACGCCGCCUUCUCCCCUCGCGAUGGAGCCUCUGCAGCCGCUGAGGCGGCCCACAACGCGCCCUCUGAGCACGAGAGAGCCCACGCAACGAAAAUUUAAUUUUGCUGUGCAAGAACAACUACAGGUGGAGGAGGAACCUCCAGACACUGAUGCUGUGGAAAAGUCUCCGACAAGACAAAGUGCUCAUUUGGAGAAGCAGCUAUUUGUGUCCACCAACGAUGAGAAUGGCUCGAUGGCUCUGAUGCUGCCCAGCACACAGGACUACUCUGAAGAAGUAGUUAUGAUUCGGCACUCUGACCGCCACGACCCGAGUUUGAUUCCUGGUCGGGGAAGACUAUUCCCGUACGUCCGAUUAGAACGAUUGACUGCACACGGUUUGAAAGAAGUUCUCCAUACAGACUUCGCAAGGCCUGCAAAGUCAAAGACUAACACAAGUCAUCCAGAAUCCAAGAUAUCAUUGAAGAUAACCCCACAAAUUAUUCCAGAAGAUGAUGCUACCACUAGAAGUGCUCAGAAAGUACCAACCGCGGAAUUAGAAAGUCCAAACCUAAAUAAUUCUGAAAACAGCCCCGUUGGAACCACAAAUCAAGAUGGUGAAGCUAUGGAGGAAAAUCCUUCAGAGAGCCGAGGUUCAGAGUCACAAACUGUACAGCCAACUCCUCCGGAUAAUGAUGAAGUUGUUGGUGAAAGUGAUCGUGACAGUGAUGAAGGUGACCUUGAAAAUGUGCAGGAAAACCUGCCAGACCUUGAAAGCCCGCCGGACCUUGAAAGCCCAGAUCAGGAGCAUUCUCGGGAAUCUGAGAUUCAGGAGGAGGAGGAGGCGGAAGAAAUGGAAGGUGUUGGAACUUUGAUACCACAUGGACAUUCUUCGAAAAAAGCCAGAAUCUUAGAAGAGGAAGUAGAACAGGAAGACGAAGAAGACAGCGAAGUUGAUAUUUCCAUUGAAACAUUUUUGGAAAAACGAGUUUCACAAAAACAUGGACUGACCUCGCAGACACCUACCAACUUCGGACACAAAUCGGGCACCCAGUCCUUGCACAGCGGCCCGGCACGACGCUCCGUUGCGGUGCAGCAGCUGCAGCCACAUCAGCCCAACACUUUGGAGAAACUGCGCCCACGGAGAACCAGGGACCACCCCGGCAGUGCAGGGAGAGCUUCGAUGAUCAAACUGCGCACUGUGCGAGUGUGUGUAGGAGAACGAAAGAGAGGAGUUCGCCAACUCACCGCGCUUGAUGUCAUCCUCACCUACAUACACAACGUCCUUGAGUCCUACAUGGAGGAGGUGACAUCUCAAGUGUGCGUUACUUUCCUUCAAGAGCUUCAUAAGAACUUGCAGGUGGAAUUUAAUAAAUUGGCUCUUAAACGUCAAGAAUGGAAGCAUCUGAAUUCCAAGUUACGCCGGGUUGAGUUGGAUUUGGUGAGAAUUCGCAAGAGGAGACUCGCAAUGAGGAUGGAGAAAGAGAGGCUCCGGCAGGAGGCUUUGGAGUUGGGGGAGAUACGGGACCUGGCCCUGGCUGACGCCGCCACAACUUUAGAGUCUCUUUCCAACUUUUACAAAACGGAGAAAGAGACACGGGGACAGAGAAGGCACGGGGAAGAGGAGGAGGAAGAGGAGGAACUGCCUUCCUCCCUCUCGUCUCUUCUCGUAGAUGCUCACCUUGUCCUCUCUGGGGCUCAAAACCUCGCCUCCAUGAACGCUCGCCUGGAGGAUAAACUCAGUACCCGCUGAGCUUCCCGUUUCUCCUCCACUCUAAUCCUGCUGAUGAAUCAGCAGUUUCGGAAAAAUCCGCAAUCGCAAAAGUAAAACUUCAUCAUCUACAGCGAUAGCCUCAAGAAAAACAUGAGCAACAUCAUCAGCAACAGGAGUAGCAUCGCAAAGACAAAGAUCCCCCGUAUAGCCGUAAUGGACAGUUGGAGCAAGUGCUGUUAGCGAACACCUAUGAAGGCUGCCACGACACAUGAGGGUGGGUGGCCAACGCCAUGCCCCGCUACCUUCGUCUCCCUCGUGGUGAUGUUUACACACCGUACCAGGUACAGGAGUAACUUGGGUCUGCGGGUGUUUUGCAAGAUGAGCAAAUUUUUUAAAUAAAUAUUAAUUUGAUAAACGAGCGAGGUCUUGCAAUACGAGUAGUACGUGCAUACGCUUUGUCUGCCGAGCAUCACAUGAUCACAACUGAUAUACGAGUGAUUUGGAUUACAAACACGUUUCAGGAACGUAUUAUGCUCGCAAUCCAAAAGUUUCACUGUACUUAUUUGAGGCUAAGUUGACCGAGGUGAGGCCCAAUACCAGUUGAGAUAAUUGUCACUGGUGUCGACCGUGAGCGGGAAUCAAACCUAGGACCCAGGUUUGUAGCAAAGCGCACUAACCGCUACGCCACCGCUCCCCGCAAGUAGCAUCGCACAU